AUGUGGCCGUCAAAGGGCCAAAACUUCACACUUAUUAGGCUUGACCAAUCACCACAGAUUAUGCGGUUCUUCAUUAUUGCCUUGUGCUUGACGGCCUACACAGUUCUCGCUGGUGAAUAUGCCGGAGGAGGAGGCGGAGGAGCCGCUGAUGCCGGAGGUUCUGCUGGGGGAGCCGGUGGAUACAGUGGUGGAGGUGGUGCUGCUCCAGCUGGAGCCGCUGAUGCCGGGGCUUCUGCAGGUGGAGCCGCAGCUUCUGGAGGUGGAGCCGGAGCGUCGGCAGGUGGAGCCGGUGGAUACAGUGGCGGAGGAGGUGCUGCUCCAGCUGGAGCCGCUGAUGCCGGAGCUUCUGCUGGUGGAGCUGGAGGAGCUGGAGGAGGUUCAUACCCUGGCAAGAAGGUGAUUCGAGCCCUACGAUUGGCCGCCUAA